AACACGGGGAGCUUGGGCAGCAGCGCUCGGCUCGCUUGGACGCGGAGCUGCGGCAUUUGCGCCCCUACCGCGGGUUUGGGAAGGCGUCAAGCCGCUGGAUAAGCAUUUUUAAACAACGAGGGAACACAGCGUGGCGUUUCUUUUCACCGCUAUCUUUCAAACGGGGUCUUUCAGCAUGGGUAAUGGCAUCAACAAGGUCCUGCCUGACCUGUACUUGGGAAAUUUCAAAGAUGCCAGAGACCGGGAACAGUUAGCCAGAAACAACAUCACACACAUCCUGUCCAUUCAUGACAGCGCGGCUCCCAUCCUCCAGGAGAUGACCUAUCUCUGUAUAUCAGCAGCUGACCUUCCCACACAAAACCUGACUCAGCACUUUAAACAAAGCAUAAUGUUCAUGCACGAGUCCCGCCUGAAAGGAGAAGGCUGCCUCGUUCACUGUUUGGCAGGUGUCUCUCGUAGUGUCACACUGGUGGUAGCUUACAUCAUGACGGUGACAGGGCUGGGCUGGCAGGAGGCGCUGGCUGCAGUGAAGGUGGUCCGACCCAGUGCUGGCCCAAACUUGGGCUUCCAGCGCCAGCUCCAGGAGUUUGAGGCUACUCAAGCUGAUCAGUUCAGAGAAUGGCUACAGAUGGAAUAUAAGGACAACCCCUUCAAUGACGAGGCUGAUAUACGUGACUUGCUUGUUAGGGCGUCUAAAGUCAGUGGAGAGGAGGUGAAAAAAGAGGCAUCAACCCCACCUGGAGGCAUCUGAACACAUCUUUUGAUGAGAUAUUUUGCAGCUCAGUCUGGAUCAUCACACCACCAUGUGAUGCUACAGUAUUCUGGACCUAUCUGGAGGUCUAAUGUGCUUUGGAGUGGACUAAAGUCAGGAUGGCAGCUGGAAUGAUCCUCUAAAUAUCAUACACAUGAACACUGGAGGAGACACUAAUAUAUGCAUUACAUAUUAAGAUUUUUGCAUUGAUGGAUGCUUCUGGUGCUGUUUUUUUUUUUUUUAAUUUAUGAAUGUUGUGAACUUUUUUGUAUUGUGUCAUGAUGAUUUCAAAUAGUGAAAUAAAAGCAGUAAAGUCAA